AUGCGGGUGUGCACGCUGGAACUCGCGGCGAGGUUCGUCCUGAACGCCCCGCCGGAGGAGAUCGCGGACAAUAAUCGAUUAUUCUUCUUGGUGGAGCAGGCGCACUGGUACUACGAGGACUUUUCGAGAGAGCGAGAUACCAAGUUACCGGCGAAGACGUUCGAGGCGUUCGCGAAAGAGAUGUUCUCGAGCGUGGAGAUAUUAAAGCCGAAACUGAAGGGGUUCGACAAUAACGUGAAGGAGUUCAAGGCGUAUAAGUUUUCAAUCCCGACGUGCGGGGCGGUGCUUCUGAACCCGACGAUGGACAAGUGUCUCAUGGUGAAGGGGUGGGGGAAGCAUAGUAAGUCUUUAGGGUUUCCAAAGGGUAAGGCGGACGCGAACGAGACGGAGGAGGAGUGCGCAGCGAGAGAGGUGGAGGAGGAAAUCGGGGUGGACAUUCGGAACUUCAUAAUCCCAGAGGACAAGGUAGUCUUCUAUCGAAAGCGCGGCGCCGACGAGUUCACGCAGAAGAACACGCUCUUUAUCAUUCAGGGGAUCUCCGAGGACACGAAAUUUCUGACGCACACUCGGAAGGAGAUUGGAGAUAUCGUGUGGAAUCCCAUCUCCAUCUUCGAGCGGGGCGGUCAGACGCUGAAGAGCAAGUAUGGUAGUGUCCUCCCGGUGUUACGCACCAUCGUCGAGUGGGUCAGGAAGAAGAGAAAAGCGCACCCGAAGCCGAAAACAAACGUGGUCAUCGCGCCCGAGUCCCCGGCGGCCGGUCGUGCGAAAGCCAUGUCGUUGCAAGAGCUCGAGAAUGAACUCCUGGCAUCCGCUCCGGAGGCAGAUGACGAACCCGACGAGGACGACACCGAGCCAUACGUCCCUUUCGCUGCGCUCGACGGCUUUAGGUUCGACAAACCUGCCAUCAUGCGUCCCUUCGUUCGCGGGUGA